CUUCCUGCCUAUCCGCCCAACGCCAGUCAGUCAGUCCCCACUCCGUGCACCGGACCCCCCAAUCCUCCACAGCGACACCGCAUCCGAACUCGGAAGGCGAAGCCGAAGCCGCGGCGCGGAUCGAACGAUGGCGGCGGCGCUGGAGCAACUGAGCAGGAGCAAGAUGUUCGACGGCUUCAACCUCCGCUUCCGCCACCAAAGCGCCACCCUCGGCUGCGCCAUGACUUUCUCCAUCUACAUGCCCCCGUCCCCGGCGUCCAACAUACCCGUGCUGUACUGGCUCUCUGGCCUAACCUGCACCGACGAAAAUUUCAUCAUGAAGUCCGGCGCCCAGCGCGCCGCCGCCGCCCACGGCAUCGCCCUCGUCUCGCCUGACACAUCCCCACGUGGGUUAAAUAUUGAAGGAGAGUCAGACAGCUAUGAUUUUGGUGUUGGUGCCGGGUUUUAUUUGAACGCCACAAAUGAAAAGUGGAAAAACUGGCGCAUGUAUGAUUAUGUUGUGAAGGAACUUCCAAAAGUUUUAAGUGACAACUUUGAACAGCUUAACACUUCACAGGCAUCAAUUUUUGGGCACUCAAUGGGAGGGCAUGGUGCGCUGACAAUUUACUUGAAAAACACUGAUAAAUACAAGUCAGUAUCAGCAUUUGCUCCAAUUGCCAAUCCAAUAAACUGCCCGUGGGGUCAGAAAGCAUUCUCAAAUUACCUGGGCCCAACUAAAUCAGAUUGGGAGGAAUAUGAUGCAACCUGCCUGAUUAAAAAGAACAGCAAUGUUCCCACUCCUAUCCUAAUUGACCAGGGGGAUGCUGACAAGUUCCUGGCUGAGCAGCAGUUGCUACCUCACAACUUCGAGGAGGCAUGCAAGGCUGUAGGGGCUACUCUGAUCUUACGGAUGCAGCCUCGAUAUGACCAUUCCUACUAUUUCAUCGCUACGUUCAUGGACGAUCACAUUGCGCACCAUGCUAAGUUUCUCAAGAGCGCCUGACUGCAAAGUCUCCUGUAAUUUGUAGCGUGAGGAAGACAAGGAGGCAGAGCUCUGUGGUUUCUGAGGUGUCUGCUUGCAGCAUGUUACCCAUGCCGACAGUCCUCUCUUGUCUGCCAGCUUGAGGUGAACAACACACCCACAUGCGAAAUAAUAUGAAAGAUUUGCUGUUCCUGUCCAUUGAGGAGCUCGAAUGGGACUGAUGUUGCAUUGAUUGUAGUUUCCUUGUCAUUCGCUAUGCACAAUUAUUGGCCCUGAUGCUGCCAUUUCUUUUCUGGUGCAAGAAUUGAUUGCCCAAGUGUGCAGUUGACUCUUCUCGCAAAUCUGCAGGGCAGCAAAUCGGUAUGAUCAGAGCCUGGUUUGUAAGUUGGUCUCGUUGUCGCUGCCCUAUGUCAAUACGAAUUCUGCCAUGGUUCCCCCC